GGCGCAGCGGAGCAGCUGGAUCACGAGGCCGCAGACGCCCUGAGGAGGAAGAGCAGAGCAGCUGUUUGUUGUUUAUCUCAACGGUUGUUUCCCCGUUAAAUCGAACCCGGUCUCCAUGGCAACACGCCGGUCGGUGGAGGUGUAUCUGGACCUCCUGUCGCAGCCCUGCCGGGCGGUUCACAUCCUGCUCAGCUGCACCGGCAUCCCGCACACCGUCCGCACCGUGGCCCUGAGGAAAGGAGAGAACCGGACUCCGGACUUCACCAAACUGAACCCGAUGCAGAAGGUCCCGGUGCUGGAGGACAACGGGUUCGUGCUCACGGAGAGUGACGCCAUCAUGAAGUACCUGUCCACGAGGUACGAUGUCCCGGAGCACUGGUAUCCACGGCAACCAGAGAGGAGAGCCAGAGUGGAUGAGUACACUGCCUGGCAUCACACCAACACCCGCCCCCAUGCUGCUAAAGUGUUUAUACUAGAGGUACUCAUCCCAGUUCAGACUGGCUCUGCUGUGGACGAGGUGCGUUUGUUUCGUGCUCUGUCUGAGCUGGAGGACACUCUGGACAGACUGGAGUCCAUGUUUCUGCGCAGACAGCCCUUCCUGUGUGGGGAUGACAUCAGCGUGGCCGACCUUCUCGCCGUCUGUGAGCUCAUGCAGCCUCUCGGGGGGGGCAGAGACGUCCUGCAGCAGCGUCCUCAGCUGCAGCGCUGGAGGAGCAGAGUCCAGUCGGCCGUCGGCGACGCGUUCGACCGAGCGCACGCCGUCCUGUACGCCGUCAGAGACCGCCGCACGGCCAAGCUGUGACAUCAGAGAGGCACCUGACCGAGGGCGGAGCCAAUCGUCAGCCAGAGACGAUGUAGAGAGGUUUGAAACAUUUGGGGGCCGAAGAAACUAGAAGAUCUCACAUUGUUAAUAUUUCCAUUAUAGUAAAGAAUGAUGUCAUCGCCACGUGAUUCUAAGCAAACUUUUCAUAAAGCAUCAUAUUGAUUUACCAGUGGAAGAGAUGGCGCCGGCCCACAAUGCACCACGAUCACAAACGACAUGACAUCCUCAGCCCGAAUCAGCCUCAACGUUUUCAUACCAUUGUUUCAUCUUUGUUUAAUUCUCACCUCAGGUUACAAGUCUGUAAGUCUAGAAGGUUACAAGUCUGUAAGUCUAGAAGGUUACAAGUCUUUAAGUCUGUAAGUCUGGAAGGUUACAAGUCUUUAAGUCUGUAAGUCUAAGGACUAACUGAUUGAUUUGAUUGAUUCUGACCAACAUUAAUGAGACCAGGUGAUGUCACAGCCUUUGCUCCAAUCAGCUCUCACUUAGUAAUCACAUGAUUGAACUAUGAUGUAAAUAAGAUGUUUAAUAAUCAGAUUUACAAAAUGAGAAUAAAACUUUUGAGAUGAUUUUCUUA